AAAAUAAUUAUAAAAUGGCUGGUGUUUUAAAAACUGUUGGUGACUACUUUGAAUUAGAUAAGUAUCAGAAUGAGAUAGCUCCAUUUGUGAAGGAGAACUAUAAUAUGGUUUAAUAGAUGAUAUAGACAAAAGAGAAAGAGUGUUUAAAUAAAAAUUUAGAUAAUGAGCAGAAAUAUAUCGAAUGUAUGUAGAAGAAUGCUGAACGAUCAGAAAGGGCAUUAAAAAGACUCGGUAAUGAGAUGAUAAUAAAAUUGAGAAUAUGGAAUAAUGUAUUGGAAACAAAAAACUUAUGAGUGUUUUCAUAGUGAAGCAUACAAGGAUAAGGAGAUAAAGAAUUUUGAUAGAUGUAAGCCUAUAGCGAAUAAUGAAUUACAAGAAAUCUUUUCGAGUUUUAGGUUGUGAAUAUUGAUGAUCA